GCUUGAACGAGGAACUCACCAAGCAAUAUGAAUACGAUUCGAUCAACCUGGAUUGGCUGGGGCACGCUCACAGUUGCUGGCGGCGGCGCCUACUACUUCGCGAAAAAGUCCAUCAACGCCGAUCGCGCGAACCGAUAUGAAACAGAAGUGAAGAAGAAGGCCCAAAUGGCAGCCCUCGAAAACGAGCACCGACAUCAGGGAACGCUGCACCAGUCGAGACCUAAUGCGACAGACGAUUUAUCGCCGAGUUCACAGGCUAGUCAUGACCCUGCAGCCACGCGCCAUGAACCCGAGACGGAGGCAGAACGAGUGCUAGAAAAGAGCAAAUACGAGACCGCACAACCUUUUCGGCCUCCUAGGGGCAAUCGAUUUAGCUGAUGCGGUAACUUGCGGGGUGGUUACGGCUUAGAUGGUCGAUCAUAUGUACUCUAUAUGCUUGGCACCAUGAUAGGCCAUGUCAUGAUGAAAAUGCAAGAGCACUGCGAUUAUUCUGUACAAUGGACAAAAAUGGUAUUAAAUAAUUCUCUUCGU